UAAGCUUGUUUGCGAAUUGGGAGUAAAGAUCAAAUUUUCAGAUACAUGAAUUAAUUUAAAGCAAGCCCAUUUAAAGUUGAAUCUAGAAGCCCAAAAAUCUGCAAAAAGAUUCAAUCUUGGCCCGUUUCCGAAUCAAGAACUGCGGGAUUGGGGAAAAUGGUGCUAACGAAUUUCACUGGAGGAGGUGUCGGUUUUGGUUUCGGAGUUGGCUGUGGUUUUGGAGUUGGGUGGGGAUUCGGAGGUUAGUUACUCUAAUUCUUCUGUGAAUCCAGCUUCGGUUUUCUACAGAUAAAAUCAAAUUGAGCAGAGAAAGGAUUCUGGAUCAUAUAAUCUCUAUUUGUUUGAUUUGUUUAGGAACUACUUUGUUAUUCAGCUGCUUUCUGUGAUUUAGUUGCAAAUGUGAAUUUUGGUGGAGGAUUAUUGGUUUAGGUUAUGAUUAUCUUCUUUAAAAUGGAUGAGCAUGUAUAUGUUUCUGUGUAUAUUCAUUGUCAAUGUGUGGUUUAUUGUAUGAAAAAUUUUCAUAGUUGAGUUGGCCUUUUGUCAUUGAGAAGACAUAGAUUACAAUCAUUAAUGUAAUGUAUGAAGGUGAUCUUGAUUUCAACAUUCAUCCUACUUGUUAAGGUGCUAUUAAGCUGCAUUAGUCAGUGUCUCAUGAAGCCUGUCGAGCUUAGACUACUUGUCCAUAUUCUACUUCAUGAACUGUAGUAUUACUUUCAUGUGACCAUUCAAUCAAGUAGGAGUAUGUAGCAUAGUCAUGAAGAUGCAGUAUUACUUACUGCCAUGUAACCAUUCUAUUGGAUUAUGUACUAUAGUUUUAAGAUCUGGAAGACUAAAAAAUGCUCCACAUUAAGCUAGUAAUUGUAUGUGGUGCUUACUUUCUAGGGAAUUUGUGUUGUUAUUUGGACAAAGAAUUAGGACAGACCUCCCGUGUGUAACAAUUGGUUGCCCUCCGAUGGGAUUUUUGGAUCAAUGUUUAUCAUUUACCUGACCUGCAGGCAGAGGAGAUUGUAUACAGGGUCACUUUUAUUGCUUGCAUCUCUAUCUUUAUCGAAACUUAUUUCAUACCCUGACCCCAGCUGCAUAGUCAGAAUGCAAUUUCCGAAUGUCUGGAAACAUUAUUACUGUACUCAUCAAAUUACAUAAAACAGGGGCGCCCUUGAACAUCUUUGGACUUGGUGCAGGUGGUGGCUGCGGUGUCGGGUUGGGGCUUGGAUGGGGAUUUGGCGCGGCUUAUGGCAGUCGUUACUAUAGUCCUGGCCUAACAUUCCAAGGCGUCGAAUUUGCCAAUAAACCUAGUGAAGGUAAAGAUGCCAAAAACUUGUCAAAGAACAAGUAGAAAAAAGUACACUUAUCACUCAAUCAUCUGUUCAUUUUUCUUAAUGAAAUGCCCAAAGCUUUGUAGUUUGGAAGUUUAAUGAAUACUUUGAUUUCUUGUAUGUCA